GGAGAGGAGAGGAAGGCGGCGGGCGGGAAGGCACGAGCGCGGCGGAGGCAGAUUGGCGCUCGACGUCCCCCGGGCGUGGGGCGGUCGCCGCCGCCGCCGGUGGUUGGCUCCGUCGAGACGGGACGCACGCAGGCCGCUGGUUCGGGUCGCAACUGGUCCACGUGUUGUCAUAUCCACCGUUGGUUUCACGAUCGGACGGCCAGCGAAAACGAUCAGCGCCUUCUCAUCUCUUCCCGACGACUAACCAAGUGAGCUCUCUUCCCCAACCCAAACACCGCCGCCGCCGCCGUUCUGCUCCGGUCACCACCACGGGAGCGCACGCCCCUCCCCUGGAGAUCCACGUCCAUCCGGGGUGAUUCCACCGCUGAUGCUUCGCGCGCUCGCUGCUACCUGUACCGCUGCUUGAGCGGGUGGUUUGGGUAUGGGAACCCGCAACCAUCUUUGGUUAAUCGCGAAGAGGACUUUAGCAUGGUAUUUGGUCGGUUUCACCAUUUCCGAUCGAUAUGCAACCGUAAUUUCAGUGACGGGCGAUUCGAUGCAUCCCACUUUUACAGCGGCCAGUAGCUCCUUGCGAGGUGAUGUAGUGCUAGCAGAAAGGAGCUGCCUUGAGAAGUACCAGUUCUCCCAUGGUGAUGUUGUCGUGUUCAAGUGCCCUAGUGAUUAUAGGGAGUUGUUUGUUAAGAGAUUGAUUGCGCUACCUGGGGAGUGGAUGCAUCUCCCUGGGUCUCCUGAUAUGAUUAAGAUCCCAGAAGGGCACUGCUGGGUUGAAGGUGAUAAUGCUGCUCGCAGUUGGGAUUCGAGGUCAUUUGGCCCAAUCCCUUUAGGUCUAAUUAAGGGGAGGGUGACCCACCUCAUCUGGCCACCGUCAAAGAUUGGACGGGUGGAUACAAAAAUGCCUGGAAAUAGAAUUUCACCCGUUUGAAUUUACUCCUCACUACAUUGGAUGGUAUUUAAUUUCAGUUCGGCCUACAACUUGGCAUGUUUGCCGGAUGCUUAGCAGCUGUUCAAGUUUUGGUGGCACUUGUGACAAUUUUUUAAAUUCACCUUAUUGUGUACUUCUGUAAGCAAAAGCAACUUCAUUUUAAAAUGGCAAAAUUGACCAAGUGGUAAACCUUCAUCGAGGGCCUUUGCGUUCAACAUUUGUUCCGUAAAUAUGCAUAUA